CUAACUAACUACAUAGUUACCUAUUAUGUGCUUAUUAAGCGAGACAUAAGGCACGGAUAAACAAAUACUUAUGUGACUAGAACCACUAGGUAUGUACAGUACAUGCUACAUACAUAUUAGUACAUAUAUGUAUUUGCCCAACUUCAUAUUUUCUAUCAUGAGACGGUGUCAAAAGUAAUUCAGUGCUUUAACAAUCUCGAAUCUUCCGAGGCAGAAGGCUUUGAAACCCUUAAGUCUCUCCCUCUCCUUCCUCAUAUCCGUUGCUUAUCUCUGAAACCUGGUCAUGUCAACUCUCGAGGGCAUGGUCUUUGCGAUUACGGGUGGUGCGAGUGGAAUUGGCUUCGCAACUGCCCAGAUUCUGUCCAAACGCGGCGGAACUGUCUGUAUAGCCGACGUAGACGCAAUAGCCAUGGGAAAUGCAGAGGCAUACUUCGCUAACUUGAAGGUUCCGUUCAUCAUCACCAAGGUAGAUGUUUCCAACCGGGAUGAGGUGGAUUCUUGGAUCGAUGGCAUUAUUCAGAAAUAUGGCAGACUUGACGGUGCUGCUAACGUCGCUGGCAUCAUUGGCAAGCACCAUGGCGUGCGAGAUGUUGUAGACCUUGACGAUGACGAGUGGCACAAGAUAAUUGCUGUUAAUCUUACGGGGACAAUGUAUUGCUUGAGGGCCGAGCUCAGAAAAAUCGUUGACGGUGGUUCUAUUGUGAAUGUUUCCUCUAUCCACGGCCUUCAAGGAUUUGCUAAGCACGGAGCUUACGAUGCGAGCAAGCAUGGUAUCAUAGGGCUGACGAAAGCGGCGGCUAAGGAAAACGGCGCUCGAGAAGUUCGCGUGAAUGCAGUAGCGCCUGGGGCAAUUUACACUCCACUGAUGGAAAAGAGUUGGAAGAUCCAUAACCGGCCAACCGAUGCGCCAUACGAUGAUGCAGCGGCUUUCCAUAGGCAGGGGACUUCUGUGGAGUGUGGCAACGUUAUUGCCUUCCUCUUAGGCCCCGAUAGCAAGUACGUGAGUGGAAGUGUCUAUUCUGUCGACGGCGCAAUGUAGCGCGCAAACAGGA